AUAAUUGAGCGUGAUUAAACAUCAAGGGAUUUCAAGGGAAACAAUUUGAUAGUACAUUAUCGCGAUUGAGUUGAAUUUCUCCGAAGUAUGAAAUAGUAACAAAUUGUGCUAAUUCCUUGUAAUCGGAUCAGUCGCUCAUCUCGAGCUCGAAAAGAGCUGAUAGAGUAGGUAGAAUAUCGCUAACUUGCUAAGAGUGAAACGGUUACUUGCAUCAGUCGAUCAGUAGAUCAGUUCUGGUGUGGUUGCUCUUAGCAACAGCACUGUUCCAUCAUGGUGAAAAAAUCCGAAAAGAUAUUGCUCAAACUCUUAUGUGUAAUAUGUUGCACUACAUUUGCAAUAGUAGCUGGAAAUGGAGAUCAACAAGAGACAACAGCAGAGAAUGCUUCAGGCCAGAAUAAAUUGAACGUGACCGAAAAAAUGGGCCGUCUCGAUGGUGUAACACUCAUAUUUGAUAAAUUCGCCACGGAUUUAUCUGACUCGAGUGUGAUUCAAUUCCACCCAGACGUAAUCUGUAUUGUAAUAAGCCAAGGAAUGCGUACCUUAAAUUCCAAUAUAUUCCAAUGGUGGGAAAAUCUCACCACGAUUUUCCUAAACGAUAACUUCCUCACAGCAGUACCGAAGGAAGCACUCUCGGGACAGCCUUCCCUUACCUUCCUUUCAAUCACCAACAAUCGAUUGGAGACACUUGGUGAUGAGUUUGCCAGCCUACCACAGCUGGAAACAUUGCACCUUGACCGCAACCAUAUCAACGCUCUGCAUCCAAACACGUUCGGCUCGUUGCGCGAGCUUCAGGAUCUUCUGUUGAGUGAAAAUCGACUCACAUCACUCGACGGACUGAUACUACCAACGGAAAACCAGUUGCAACACCUUGAUGUAAGCCACAAUUUUAUCAAACACCUUAACGGAUCGACAUUCGUUCGGUUGGGCGGUUUGAAAGAGCUUAGGCUGGCUAGCAACAUCAUCGAAACGUUGCAUGAUAACACCUUCGCCGAGCUUCAUGCACUGCAACAACUUGAUUUAAGUGAUAAUUUUUUGAAAACCUUAUCGCAGAAGCUGUUCACCGCAAACGGGAAUCUGUUGGAGUUGAGUUUGGAGAAUAAUCUGAUAGAAACGCUGCCAGUGGACGUGUUCAGUGGAUUGCAGAGUUUGUGGCAGUUAAAUUUACGGAACAAUCGGCUCACUAGCUUAGACGAAGAUAUUUUCCGAUAUCAACCAUUUUCCACGCAGAUUGUACUGGACGGUAAUCGCAUCUCAACGUUUGAUCCAUGCUUCCUACAGACUAGGGAUGUGGAGUUGAAAAACAAUCGUUUGACGAUUUUGAGCAAGUCUUCCUUCGAUACAAACGACACACGGGUUGAGUUUCUAACCCUAAAUGGUAAUGAAAUUGCAACGAUUGACGAGAGUUUCUUCGAAACGUUACCGAAAUUGAAAAGCAUUAAAUUGGAUCGUAAUCGUAUUGCGGAACUUUUGCCAAUGCUUUUCCACAAAAACCAAGAACUCGAGCGUGUGUUUCUUCCACACAACCGACUGUCGGUGUUACGGACCGACACCUUCUCCGGUUUGCCGAAGCUUGAGCAUGUUGACCUGUCCUACAACGCACUCAGCGUUAUCGAAGCUGCCGUUUUUCACCAAUCACCGGUAAAGUAUUUAAAUCUAAACGACAAUCAGCUUAAAACCAUCGACGAUUGGGCAUUUGCUGGCACGAAACUACUCCAGCUGUUUGUGGAUUUCAACGCAAUCGACUCACUAAAUUCGGUUGGAACGGUUCUGGACGGGUUGGAAGCAUUAUCAGCCAUCAGCAAUCAAAUCGAAUCGUGGCCAGAAUUUUGUACAUCAAACUUUACCCACCUGAGAGACAUCAAGUUGGCGAACAACUCAAUAUCAUCGAUUGAAGGUGACUGUUUGGGUGAUCCGGGGAGCAACAACCGUUCGGACAUGGAUCCGGUAAAUAUUGACGUUUCGUACAACAAACUUGCAACUGUUCCGAUGCUGGACGGGCGGAUCCGAUCGCUAGAUCUGAGUGGUAAUAAUGUGUCGGAUCUGGGCGAUGGAAACGAAUUUCGGUCAUAUCAGGACACGGAAACUCUGAAGCUAUUGAGCACCUCGUUAAGAAUGGUUCGCUCUGUGAGCUUCACUUUUCUACCGAAUCUAACGGAUCUUCAGAUAAGUUCAAGCGUUUUGGAGCUGAUUGAAGAGGAUGCCUUCCAUGCGCUAAAGCUCCAGCAGUUAGUAAUAAGCGAUUCUUCCAUGCAAACGCUUCCACCUUUGCUACUACAAGAACAAACUUCUUUGGACACUGUAUCGCUAGCGAAGAAUAAGAUUUCGCAUCUUUCAUCCACUUUCUUCGUCGAUUGUCGUAUGUUGACAGAUAUAAACCUUUCGCAAAACAGACUAGCGACGGUAGAUCAUCGCUGGUUUCAGGGUUUAGAAAUGCUUAGAACAAUCAAUCUAGCGGCCAAUGUUAUUACACAACUUCCUCCAAAUCUGUUUUCCGUAGAACAAUCGCUCAUGACACUGUCGCUAGCAGGGAAUGCAUUACGCACUAUCUCCGAUGCCGAUUUUCUCGCUAAAGUUCCACUCUAUGAGCUUGAUCUUUCAAACAAUAAUCUGGAGGAUGUCGAUAUUCUGCAACGGAACGAUUUCAUCGCCUUGCUGUAUGUUACUGGCAAUCGAUUGGAACGUUUGCCUGUUCGACCGAACUAUCGCAUGCUGAAAGCGAAUUCCAAUCGAAUCACAUCACUCCGCUGGGAAUCGAAUUCGAAGUUUAAUCUCGCAUAUCUUAACCUGGCGAAUAAUCGGCUCGAUCAACUAGAUCGCGACAUUUUCAAUAUCUCCACAAUUAUGGAGCUCAAUGUUUCGGGAAACCGACUGGACACGUUUCCUUUCGAGCUGGUGUACAAGUUGAAUUGGCUGAAAACAUUAAAUGUUUCCCGAAAUAACAUACGCACACUACCGCUGAAGUAUUCCGUAGAACGGUUCAAGGUUGAGACACUUGAUCUAUCGGAGAAUCCACUCGUGGAACAGCCGGAAACCUUCCUGGACAUUUGCGUUGUAAAGAAUCUAAUCCUGGCCGCAGGUAAAUGAAUCGCACUGCGAAGGAAACCAGAGUACGGAACAAAUAUUUAAGGAUCAGGAGAGGGAGCUACUGAUAAUGUUAGUUUUUGAGUGGUUCAAAAUAGUGUUAACAUAAUAUAGUAUGUUUCGAACAUUAUUGAUUUAUAUUGUAUGAAUAAAAAAUGCUAGCUUCCCUGUCGUGCACAA